AGCACUUAUUUUAUAUAUAAGCCGUAGAGAACUCCAACACCACAAGUUUGCUUUUCUCCCAUUACUUGGUUUGGCCACUUUGAAGGUAAAAAAGAAAAAAGAGGCAGAAAUUUAGAGAAGUUGAUUCAAACAGAAAGGGUGAUGGAACUGAGCAUUCAGAAAACAGAAGCCUUGAUUAGGCUGAGUACGAUAGUGAUGUUGGUUUUAACAGCUUGUUUAAUUGGGUUGGAUUCUCAAACAAAGGUCAUCUUCUACGUUCAAAAGAAAGCUUCUUUCAACGAUUUGCGUGCUCUUGUAUUUUAUCUAUAUAUCACUUCAUUGGCUGCUGCUUAUAAUCUACUUCAACUAUGCUGUUCUUCAUUUUACAAAGGAACCUCGCUGCAAUCUUACGCAUAUCUAGCUUGGCUUCGUUAUAUUUUGGAUCAGGCAGUAGUGUACGCAGUGUUUGCGGGAAACCUAGCGGCAAUGGAGCAUUCAUUUUUGGUAUUAACCGGAGAAGAGAACUUCCAAUGGCUCAAGUGGUGCAAUAAAUAUACUCGAUUCUGCACCCAAAUCGGAGGAUCCUUGCUCUGCGGCUUCGUUGCAAUCUUACUAAUGUUUUCCAUCGCUUCCAUCUCCGCAUUCAACUUGUUCAGGCUUUAUUCCCCCACCAAGUUCAUGCACUUGAAACUCUAAUCAUAAAUUAUGGUUAAUGUGGCAUUGAAAAUUUUUUAACUUCAUAAUUUGAUUGACAUUUUGCCAUAUAAUUUAAAAUUUUUAAAAAUAAACUAUUUGUGAAGUUAAAAAUUUUCAUGCCAAAUAAUUACUUAUGUUAAUAUUAUUAUUUAUAAAAGAAAUGAAAAAGUAACAAAAAAAAUGUAGCAUUGGAUUUUUAUUAUUAAUAGAUUGUCUACGUAAUAGUAUUUGUUCA